AGGAAUUUAAUGUUUUCAUUAAGAAAUGGCUAGUAUGGAAAAUAAUUCUAACAUGAGUGAAAAUAACACAGAGAUAGAGAAGCAACUCAAAGAGAGAGCUGAAAGAAAUCGUCAGAGAGCACUCUUGUUGAAAAAAUCUAAGGUUGUAACUCAUCCAUAUGCAAGAGAAAAUAAUGGUUCUACAAAAGGGAGAAUGCUAAAAAUUCAAGGGCAACGUGUUAUUGAUGGCGGAGGAGGCUUCUUAAUAGAAGAAAAUGAUGAAUUAGAGCAGCAAAUGUUGAAGAUCAGGACUGAGCCAGCACCAGAUAUUGGUAAAUUUAAUAAAUGUGAGGAGUGUCAACAGAAAUUUAGAGACUCAUAUCUUUUACAAACAUUUGAUCUGACCGUUUGUGAUAAAUGCAGAGAUAAAGAAGGAAAACAUUCUUUAAUUACUAAAACUGAAGCUAAACAAGAAUACCUGUUGAAGGAUUGCGAUCUCGAUCGACGAGAACCUGUGCUUAAGUAUAUUGUACGAAAAAAUCCUCACAAUAUGAAUUGGGGUGAAAUGAAGUUAUAUCUGCAUCUCCAGAUAGAACAGAGGGCUUUGGAAGUUUGGGGUUCGGAAGAAAAUCUGUUGAAGGAAAAAGAAACGCGCGAAAUAAAACGAGAGGGAGCUAAAAUAAAGAAAUUCAAUAAAAAGAUCAAACAGCUGCGAAUGCAAGUAAGAAGUUCAUUGUACGAUAAGACGACUAAAGCAUCGCAUGUUCACGAGUUUGGAGAAGACACAUACAAUGAAAAGGAUGAUACGUAUACACACACUUGCAUAACAUGCGGUUAUGAAGAAACCUACGAAAAAAUGUGAAAAAAUGCCCGACUAUUAUUCGCGAAAUUAUGAAUCAAUGUGUAUUUGAUAUACUUUACAUGAGAAAGAAUACAGUUGUCCCUUGAAUACAAUCUUACU